CGACGACGCCCGACUUCCGCGCGACGUUCGAACACUUUCUCUGGAACGCAUCUCUCGCAAAUUGUCAUUGUUACGAUAAAACAAUAGCGGUGUGCGUAAUCCCGCUUCCAUUAUUGAAGUGAUUGUAAACAUUCACCGGGCCUGCGUAACGAGCCAACUAAACACUCUUUGAAACUCAGGAAUAGUUUGUGGAACUGUUUAUACGAGUAGAGUGUGUACAUUUUAUGGACGCAAUAUACGUAGUGACGCAACAGUGAAUCUCAGUCAUUGUAUUGUUUUAAAAUCAAUCUUGUAUAGGACGUUUAGAGCUAUUUUAUAGCUUGUUUUAGUGAUUACAUUGAUAUAAAAGGCGGCAAGCUGUAUUCGUUCGAAAGUUUCAAGGUUUACGAGUACGAUGAUGAUAGAACGUAUAACGGUCACGAAGAUGUAUUCGGCACAUCUAAGAGAAGCGUGACAAUGAGAGAAAAAAGGGGCGGCGCUAUGAGCAAAAUGCAAAAGCUUCGGAAGCGCUUGUCCCUUAGCUUCGGUAGAUUAUCAACAAAAGACGAGCCCGACGGGGAUAGUGGCGAGUGCCGCGGCAGGCAACAGAACGGAGGCGGCCGCGGCAAACUGUCAUACAAUGGAUAUUCAGAGGAGUGCCUGGACCGGCUCGAACAAAACGGCAACAUACCACAUGACAAGGAGCCUCAUUACGAAUGGAGCGGAGGUGGUAACGGCGAGUACCGGGUGCGAAGACAACUGUCGGUGUCAUCCGACUCGAAACUCCUGGACGAGGGAGCCCGGGAAGACGCGCGAGUGGUGAUGAGGCCCAAGCGACCACCCAGGCCUAAAUCAGAGGCCUUUCUAGGACCGCAUGAUCACAGCAACCGCCGCACUAAGCGGUUUAGUGCCUUUGGGGGAGAUUCUCCGUUCGGGAAAUCCGAAGCUUAUAUAAAACUUGAACAGCUCGGUGAGGGUUCCUACGCCACAGUGUAUAAAGGUUAUAGCAAUUUAACACAGCAAGUAGUAGCUUUGAAAGAGAUCAGACUGCAAGAGGACGAGGGUGCGCCAUUCACAGCGAUCAGGGAAGCGUCGUUACUCAAAGAGUUGAAGCACGCCAAUAUAGUCACACUGCACGACAUUGUGCACACGCGGGAAACGCUUACCUUCGUGUUUGAAUUCGUGGACACAGACCUAUCACAAUACAUGGAGAGGCAUUCGGGCGGGCUCAAUCAUCACAACGUAAGGCUAUUCAUGUUCCAGUUAUUGCGCGGAUUGUCGUACUGUCAUCGGAGAAGAGUCUUACACAGGGACGUGAAGCCACAGAAUCUACUAAUAAGCUCGCACGGAGAACUGAAACUGGCCGACUUUGGACUAGCCAGGGCCAAGUCGGUGCCAAGCCACACGUAUUCACACGAAGUUGUCACACUGUGGUAUAGACCUCCAGAUGUGUUGUUAGGCAGCACAGAGUACUCGACGUCACUGGACAUGUGGGGCGUAGGGUGCAUAUUCGUCGAGAUGUUGUGCGGGGUGCCCACCUUCCCCGGUGUAAGGGAUACGCACGACCAGCUCGACAAAAUAUUCAAGGUGGUCGGAACACCGACGGAAGAAAGUUGGUCAGGCGUGAGCCGCCUCCCGGGGUUACGGACACACGUGUCCCGAUGGGGCUCGUGCCCGGCUCGCCCACUAGGCUCGGCGUUCCCGAGGCUAAGAGACGGUGGCCGGGAUGCUGAACGGCUAGCCGCCUCGUUGUUACAACCUGACCCGUGCCGCCGGCUAUCCGCCGACCGGGCGUUACACCACGUGUACUUCGCACCACUGCCACCGCGGCUCCGAGAGCUGCCUGAUGAGGUGUCAAUAUUCACAGUGGAAGGCGUUUGCAUGCACCCGGAAACGCGACACGCCGCCAUCAAGUGAGCGACCCACCGACGCACAUACCUUAGUUGAAUAUAUUACAAUUCGUUUGUCUGCAUUCGCAGCUCGCCGGUCAGUCGCACCGAUCAACUAGUCGGUCGUAUCGACCAACCCACUGAUCGUCUCGACCAAUCACGUGGUCGCCCUGAUAAAUCAACUGAUCGAAGUGACCAAGGUCGUAAUGUCCAACCAGCUGGUCGAUACGAUCAAUUUGCUGAUCACGUAGAUCUAAUCCAUGGUCGCGCUGAUCAUAAGGUAGUACCGACCGAUAACACUCUGUGUACAGAGAGCGAGCUUUAUCCGAUAGUUAUAAUAGUAUGUUUCAAUUCCUAUAGUUUUAAUGUAUUGAAAUCUGGUUGACUCGUUUUGGUGGACCAAAAUUUCGUGAUAGUUCUCUCGUCUAGUUUAAAAUUUUUCGAACGGGCAUCGAAUGCCAGCGACAGUAUUCGUUUUAUUUCUAUACCUUAUUAUUUGUCCAUCCGUCGAUUGCUAUGUCGACACGAUAAUUAAGCGCUUGCUAGCUUCUAACGGAAUAUCCAUCCAUAUAAUUCAAUUAUUCUAUGGUGACAAGGUAAACUGAUAGGUAUCGAGUGUACGAAUUAUAUAUGUAUAAAUAUAUAACAGAGCAGUGUGCCAUGUAUAUCUAUAAUUGAGAAGAGUAUGACGUGUUAUUUUAAAAGAUUUUUAUGCUGGAUAUAUUAUGCUCAUAAUUUGGUAAAAAUGUUGAAGAUGUUUAUUUAUAUUUAUUAAGGGAUAAUUGUCGACGAUGUUAACUCUAAUGCAGUCUUAUGAAAAUAUACGGUUUAUGAAGCACUUAACUACGAGCCUGUGAAUACCGAUAUUAAUUUUGCGUUUCGAUUUAUUAACGGCGUAUACACGAGCGGCAGCAGGCUCGUAGUAUGGUGCUACCAAUUCAUGGAAUUCACCUCAAUCUUAUGCACACAUUCCUUCCACGGUGCUCAAAUAGUAAUGUUAGGGUGGCGAGGAGAUGUGUGGGCAGUAUAUAUUGCUAGUACCUAAAAGCACACGCCGCUAUAGCUUCUCACAUAGCGACACGCAUUAUAAUACAAGAUCCCACUACACUAUUAUCACGUUCGUUAGAUUUUUUUUCAAAUCAGUAUUCAUUAUCCAAACAAAAAUCUGAAGCUAACUUAUAUAUUAUAUGGUAAGAUGCAUUUUUUCGUUAUUAUAUAAAAAGGUUAAUUAUUGAAAGGCAACGACUAGAUUACUCGCAUAUAUAAAUAAUUUAAUAGUCAAUUAUACAGAUGCAUAUUCUUGUAUUAUUUAUAAUAUUAUCAAUAUAAAUUUCAUAUUGUAUUUUCAUAAAAAAAUCUCAUGAACAUAGUAAACGCGUAAUGGGAUCUUAGCCUAUUAGCAGUUGUUAGCUACAGCAUCGGCUGUUUCCAGUGAUACAAGCGAAUUGACAGGAGAAAUAUUACCAAAAUUUAUUUAAUAACGUCUAUCAGAUCUCAAAUAUAUAAAGUGUGGGACCGUCCUACUGUAAAUUGUAUCGUGAUAGGAAAUUCGAUUCGAGAACUAUAAUAAAAUUUAAUUCUUCGUGGCUGUAUGAGAGAAGCGUAGAUUAGAUGGGAGUAGAUUCCGUCUAGACUAAAACACUAGUGAAAUUAAUCAGUUUAGACGAAUUUUAGUGGUCCCUCACAAUGUAAGUUUAGGAGUGCAUUGUAAUGUAGCGUCCGGCGCAUUGGCAACUUGUAUAGAGAAUAUAUUCCCUCUUUUAACUCGUUUAGUGUAAUUCCCCUAUUACUAGUAAAUGUCUGUGAUUCGAACAUAGUGUUAGGUCCAAUCGAAACGUAAACACCAAUUUGUGCCAACGAUUAAAAUAGUAGAUUAACUAAAACAAAAAUUGUAGUAUUUCAUUAUAUUCAGUAAUAAAUAGACAUAUCUUUCAAUCUUUUGCAAUAUCUUGUACUAUUUAUGGCAAUAUAGUAAAAUCUAAAAUUGAAUCCCUUUCACUUUGUAGUACGAUUGUGCUCUCGAUAUUCUAUUCUGAAAAUAACCGCUCCCGAAAUAUAUUUACUUUCCAAUUCCAAUGUGUAGCGAAACCUCUGAAAUAGAUCACAGUAAAAGCAGAAUGCUGGCUGAUAGCAUUUAGUAAUAAAUUCUCAAUUCACGUUGAAUCUUUUCAACUUGCUUUUCAAGCUGCUUUGAGUGGUUUAUGUAAGUACAAGAUGUCAUAUUACGUCUAACUUAUCGCAAUUUGGAACUUACUGCCACUAUGCAAUGUAGGAUUUUGAUAAGACAAAAAUAUGAAUUAUUAGGUAAAGUCGAGUUGUCAGUGUGCGCGGAGAAUACUAGUGAGUGUAGAUCUACUUAGUGUAGUAAAGCGUGUACCGAGCUUUAGAUACGUUCAUGUAACGAGAGCGGCAUUGGACGAUGCGAAGUUACGGAAAUAA